AUGUCGCUCACCCGCUCGCAGUCCGCGCACGACGCACCACCAACGACUUCCCUCUCGCACUCCUCAUCCAACCAGCACGCCUCGUCCUCGUCGCACCAGGUCGCGCAGCAGCAGCAGGGGUCGCAGCAGGGUCAGGGAAAGAGCGAACAGUCGGAGGACCCGGUGUUUGGACCGCUCGAGAAGGCGGGAAAGGUGUUGGAGGAGCGGCUGGCGAGGGACGAGAGAUGGGUUGGUGUCGGCGACAGCUUGAUCGGCGCUUCUUCCUCCGACUAUGUCCUCCCUCCCAAUCCCGCCUGGGCUCCCUUCACCAAGACCCGCACUGUUCUUCUUCCCGACCGGCUAUUCGAGGAGCAUGACCUUACGCAAUCGCGGUGUACGAUGGGACUGCUGCCGGAGAUUGAGCGGGCUUGGGUCACGGUGGAUGACCGACUGCUGUUGUGGGACUGGGCGGACGGUUCCUCCUUCUCAACCUUCGAAGAGUUGACGGAUGUCAUCGUCGGCGUGGCGCUCGUUCGACCUCGUCCCGGCGUCUUCGUCGACUCGAUCUCCCAUCUCCUCGUCCUCGCAACACCCUCGCAAGUCAACCUCGUCGGUCUCGGUUACGCUGCCGCAGAACCUGGCGCGAAAAAGGAAGUCACCUUCUACCUCACCGGCUUGUCGGUCCCGACAGACGGCAUCUCCUUCACCACCAUCCGCGGUACAUCAAGCGGCCGCAUCUUCCUCUCUUCUUCGCCCGACCCUCUCACGCCCGGCGGAAUCGGCGGAGACGGAUGCCUCUACGAGCUGGCGUACCAGGCGCAAGAAGGUUGGUUCGUCAAACGAUGCACGUUGCACAAUCUCACGUCCGGCGGCAUCGCCAAGUCGGUCGUCCCCUCGUUCCUUCGCUCCUUCACCGCCAUCCCGCAAAACGACUGGAUCGUCUCGUUCGAGAUCGACAACGAGCGCGGACUCCUCUACACCCUCCUCCGCAACUCGACGAUCGAGGUGUACCAGCUCCCCUCGUCGGCGCCGGGCAAGGCGUUCGACGGCCCGCCCAACAAGGUUGCCAAGUCGGGCGACUUGCACCGGACGGCCAACAUGCUCCUUCCGAACAACCCGAUGCUCAAGUCGUUCCGCAUCGUCGAGCUCGAGGUCAUCAGCGUCAAGGAGGGCGGGAACGCCAAGAUUGGACUCGUGGCGGUCACGACGACCGGCGUCAGGCUGUACUUCACCCACCAGCGCCGCGGGUACUACUACGGCGUGUCCGGCUCGUCUGCCGCCCUCGAGCUCUGCCACGUUCGCCCUCCGCCUGCUCCGUCCUCGCCGCAACCUCACGCCCAGAACGGCAUGUACGGCCAGGUUGUUCCAGCCAACCAGCAGCAGCAGCAAAACGGCGGCAACUCAAUCCCCUUCAACUCGAUCAUUCAGGCAAAGUACGCCUCAGGUGGCCUCUUUCUUGCAGCCAACAACCUCACGCCCGACCUCGAUGUCCUCCUCGUCACCGCACCCGAUGUCUCGUCCCAGUCCCUCUCGUCCGCCGCAACUGCUACCGGCACCGUCUCGCAGCAGACUCGGCCGUUCACCGAAGUCGCCGGCACGAUCGAGAUUCCCGGUCGAACGUGGGAUAUGGCCGAGAUCACCCGCGUCUCGUCCAGCUCUGCGACGGGUGCGACGGCGCUCAACGAGCUCGCGACGCAGCCGACGCAGGUGAGGAGGGAGUGGGUCGUCUUGACGAACAUGGGAGCGAACGUCGUUAGCCGGCAGAGACCGGUCGAUACGUUGUUGGACGUGUUGGAGGGGAUGGGGAUGAACGGGAACGCGGCGGGUCAGGGCGAGAUUGGCGUUUUCUUCGAAAGCUACGGCCGCGACCAAUCCUGCGCUAUGCUCCUCCCCAUCGCCGCCUCAAACUCGCAGCUCGUCCUCAACGACUCGACGACGACCUCUUCGCCUGGCAACGCAGUCAAUGCUGGCGCACGGAAUACGUCGGCGGCUGUUGCGGAACAGGCGAAGGCGCUGUUCUUCGAGGGCGGAGGCCGGCCGGUCAGCAUCGACCGGGGAGGCUAUGGAGGUGCACCCCAAUCCACCGCUUCCGACAGCAAGAUCAUCUUCUCUGGUCGACACGAGGGUCUCGCGUUUUACUUCGCUCGCCUCGUCCGCCCGAUCUGGAAGCAGAAGAUUACGCGGGUCGGUUACUCGCCCGCCCAGCAAGUCGCCAAUGUUCCCGAAUCGGUUCUCAGCGCAGUCCAGCGCGACCUCCUCGCCCUCCGCACGUUUGUAGAACAAGAGCAGCACCUCUUCACCCACCUUCCCGACUCGAGCCGCGCUGGUCACAACGCGGCCGCCUACGCCGCCGAGCAAGCCUCCCUCUCCGCCCUCCGACUCCUCCUCACCCAAUCCGUCGAAGCCAUCUCGUUCAUCCUUCUCCUCAUCGACUACAAGCUCCAGGAUAUCGUGGCCACCUGCCCGUCCGACCUCCAGCAGCAGCUUGCCGAAAUCUCAUACGCCGAGCUUCUUACGACGAAGAAGGGCCGGGACGUCGCUCGCGGUCUCGUCAGCGCCGUCAUCAAUCAGCAGAUUGGCCGGCAUCUCUCGGUCGACGCGAUCAGCGAGACGUUGCAGCAGCGAUGCGGCAGCUUCUGCAGCGCCGACGACGUCCUGCUGUACAAGGCGAUCGAGUCGAUGCGGCGGGCGAAGGACACGUACGACAGCACGGAACGGACAGAGUGCUUGCGGGAGUCGCUACGGCUGUUCACGAAGGCGGCGAGUCACCUCUCGCUUGACAGGCUGCAGGAGAUCUGCAAGGAGUACAUCUCGAUGCGAUACGCCGUCGGCGUCGUCGACCUCUCUCUCGCUUGCGCACGGACAUGGGACUCGUCGGAGCGGGCGAUUACGUACUGGCUCGACGAAUGCCCUUCGAACGAUGCGCGGGAAGGAGCGUACAAGACCCGACAAGCGUGCCACAAGCUCAUCUUCGCGUCGCUCGAGGAGAUGGAUCGGCUACUGGACGACGCGUCGAAGCCGAACAAGCCGGCUGGAUCGAUGUCUUACGAGGAGGCGGACAGUCUGCGAACGAACGCCUACAACAGGGCGCUUUCGGUCAAGGACGAGUUCUUCCACUUCGAGCUGUACGACUGGUACCUCUCGCGUGGCCUCACGAACCAGCUUCUCGAGACCCGAACGUCCUACCUCGAAGGCUUCCUCGCACGAGAACCGACGACGCUCGAAAAGUCGGACCUUCUGUGGCAGUACUACGUCCGCACCUCCCGCUACGCCCGCGCCGCCUCCGUCCUCGCCUCUCUCGCCGAAACCCCCGCCUUCCCACUCUCGCUGCAAAAGCGCGUCGAGUACCUCUCGCUCGCCGUCGGCAACGCCAAGUCGCAGAUCCCGUCCUCGAGCCGAGGAGACGCCGUGCAGUUCCUCACCGACGUCGAGGAGAAGCUCGAGGUCGCGCAAGUGCAGAUCGAGAUCUUCCGGGCGAUCGAGGAGAGCAAGAUGCCGCAGGACGAGAAGCAGCAGUGGCUCGACAAGGUCGAGGACCGGCUGUUCACCGUCACCGAGCUCUACUCCGAAUUUGCCGAACCCCUCGAGCUCCUCGAAGUCAUUCUCCUCAUCUUCCACGUCUCCGACCACCGCGACCCUUUCCUCGUCACCGCCACCUGGGAGGCGAUUCUUGCGCGAGCGCAAGAAGAGCAGCCUGACCACCCGGUCGAUGCUGUUGCCGCCAAGGUGACGCAGCUCGGCUACCGCUUCCACACUUCGGACGUCUCGUUCCCGCUGCCCGAUCUCAUCGCGCUUCUCGAAAAGUUCAGCUACGAGCGACAAGGGGACGCCCGACCAGGCUGGGUUGCGUUCGCUAUCCACGAUGCGGGCGUGCCUUUCGAGGCGAUUUUUGCGGUCUACGACGAGCUCUUCACUGCCAAGAUCCCGCCUUGGCACACCUCUGCCGGCCUCACCUUCCUCGCCUCCGACAUUGUCGAGCUUCUCUCUUCCUGGCUCGCCGAAGCCUCUUCCGCGCCGACCACCGUCUCGCGAGCGUUCCCUGCGACUGACGUCGAAUCGGCAAUCGGGCGGUAUUUGAUGGGCUUGCAGUCGGCGUCAAACGCUGGUGCGGUGGUGACGCGGCUGCAGGAGAUGUCGAGGGCGAUCAGGCGGAGGUGGUGA